GAAUGGUUCGUGGACAUGAAGCUACAUUAUUCUGUUUCGUGGAUAUGAAGCUACCAUUAUUCUUAGCAUUUUAUAGUUUGAGGGGUGAGCGUCUCCGUAUAGACUAUAAAGGUGGCGGGGUUUGUAUGAGAGUGUGGCCGGCAAAGGGUGUGGAGGUGGGCUAUCGGUUGGAAAAAAUGGGAGCAGAGGCAGAGCCCUUCCCUAGCAGCAACAACUACAGCUAUGACAAUCGGGAUGGCGAGGUAAAGGUGAACGUAGAGGCUGACGCUGACGCUCCUCUCAUCCUGGGUCUCCAACCGGCGGCCCUUGUCGAUCAUGUGGCCCGAGUCGACUGGUCCUUUCUACAUAAAAUCCCCGGUGAUCGCGGUGGCUCUAUUCCUGUAGCAAUUGAAGAGCUUGAGCUCAUGGUGAGUGAGUUGAGAACCCAUAUCCUCGCAUCCCCUGAUGAUCCGUUUUCCACGAAGACAAUGGCUGGGGGCAGUAUCGCAAAUACAAUGCGGGAACUAAGUGCAGGUUUUGGGAUCUCCAGUGGAAUAAUUGGGGCCUAUGGGGAUGAUGAGCAAGGUCAGUUAUUUGUGCGCAACAUGACCUCUAAUGGAGUGAACCUCUCUAGAUUGAGGAUGAAGAAAGGACGCACUGGUCAGUGUGUUUGCCUGAUUGAUGAAUUGGGCACCCGUACCAUGCGGCCUUGUCUCUCCAAUGCUGUGAAAGUUCAGGCGGAUGACUUGACUAGAGAGGAUUUCAAAGGCUCUAAGUGGUUGUCUUUGAGAUAUGCAGUAUUCAAUUUAGAGGUUAUUUGGGAAGCUAUAAAGAUUGCCAAACAAGAGGGUCUUUACGUGUCCCUUGAUUUGGCCAGUUUUGAGAUGGUUCGGAACUUUAAAUUACCUCUUCUAGAGUUACUGGAGUCAGGAAAUAUAGACCUCUGUUUCGCCAAUGAGGAUGAAGCAAAAGAACUGCUAAGGGGUAAAGAAAAUGCUGAUCCUGAGAUUGCGCUUGAAUUUCUGGCCAAACACUGCCAAUGGGCUGUUGUAACAUUGGGCCCUAAUGGAUGCAUUGCUAAGCAUGGAAAAGAGGUUGUCCGGGUUCCAGCCAUCGGGGAAACCAAGGCAAUUGAUGCCACUGGAGCAGGCGACCUAUUUGCAAGUGGAUUUUUAUACGGAUUGGUAAAAGGGUUAUCUCUGGAGGAAUGCUGUAAAGUUGGUUCAUGCAGUGGUGGAUCCGUCAUCCGCUCUCUUGGAGGCGAGACGACCCCAGAGAAUUGGCAAUGGAUGUUCAAGCAGAUGCAUAUCAAUUCACUGCCCGUACUCGAUAGACAUAAACAAUCUCCAUGAAUCAUGGUAGUGGUUCUCCCCAUUGUUACUAUUUUUGAGAGGGAGCCGUACGUUGUUGCAUUUUGGGGCUGGCUCAAGUUAGCCUUUCAAGACUAUUUUCUCCCCACUAAUAAUUCAACGUCAUCUUUUGUCAAGGCUUUUAAAAUCUUGGAUUGUCGUCUCAUUUGAGUUGGGGAAUGGCUGCUGUGCCGAUCAACAUUUCGUCGUUUGAUUACAUAAUUCACAUGAGAUGAGAUGUUUUAUUUAAAAUUGAAUACAAUAUAUUAUAAUAUAAUUUUUUAAUAUUAGUUUUGUUUUGGAA